AUGUACCAUACCCAUAUGCAUGAAAGUUUGAUAUCUGUGACUUCAACAGUCAGUAUUUCUGAUGCGUCCUAUGCUUAUGCAAGGCUCACCAGAAGAGAUGAUGACGAUUCAUCAUCUUCCUCAGCUUCCAGUACGAAAAAUAGCAAAUCUGCCAAAUGUACAGGCACCAAGCAACAAUGCCAACUUCCCACGGAUUCGGAUCACAGUACCAGUGUAACCGUUGGUGUAGCUGUUGCGGUACCAGUGGGUGUCAUUAUAAUUGUUCUAGCCGUUAUACUUUAUAUCGUAUAUAGGAGAAGCAAAAAGGAAGCCGAAGAAGAUAAUGAUCCAGAUUUCGAAGGAGACUCGGAAUUUUUACCAGCAAUGAAAGAUUAUUCAUCUGGAAUGAAUCAUCCAUACUCUAGUGACUCGCAGCAAGACUUCAUGGAGAAAACUUUGCAACAAACGCCUUCAGAUCCUUUUGCUAGUAGCAUGAAUGGUAGCAAAUAUAACAUGAGAAGCGUUACUCCAUCUGCAACUGGUCGGCCAUGGUACGUAGAUCCGUUCCAGCUUCCACAGGAAUCAAACGACUCUAACAGUUUGAGAGAUUUUGCUAUGAGAGUACAAGAAGAUGGAUUAGGUGGUUAUAAAGUGGCAGCUGAUUCCAGAAAUGCUAGUCAAACGUCCUUGCAUCUUGAUAACUUUUCCAAUCGUACACCAAUAAGGGCGUCUUCAAGAUUUCAAGAGAAUGAAAGCUUUCUAUCUCAUAAUAGCCCAAUCCAUAAUAACCAGAUUUCUCGUGGUUCUGCUACAGCAGGUGACAAUAAGCAGUCAGCUUUUCCUAAUGAAGUGACCGAUUCAGCUUCAGUUAGUGAAGAGGCUGGAGUUUCGAAUGAUUCAAGCGAAUCUCCAAGCAAUGAUGCGUUCGAGUUUGAAUUUGAUAAUGGUUCGGAAAAGACUCAUAGAAAGAGUCUGCAGUUCGGUACAGAUGAUGAUUAUGAACUUCAGGAUAUUAAAGAAUCUCAACACGUAGAUGAUGGUAGUGGCAGCAAAAGUGGAGAUGAUGAUUAUUACGCAUCGCGUUUAUCACCUAAUGAGGAGGAAGAUAUUAAGAGAAUGAAAAGCAUUUAUCAGGUUUAUUUGGAUAGAGCUAAAACAAUGAAAAAGGAACAGGAUAAAUCAGAUAAUGCAAAUGAUGUAUUGCAAGACGAGAUCAGGGUAGAUAAUAUAGACCAGAAUCCACUACCUUCUAUUAAAAUUAACAAUAACGACAAUAUUGACAAAAUUGAGGUGCCGGAAGCAAAACACCUAGCGCAAGAAGCACUUACUUUAAGCGAUACCAAUUUGGGGAAAUAUGGUCCGGAAAUGGUCCAGGGCCAGGAGCAAUAUCCAGUGCGAGAUACACUCACCGUGACGGAUACGGAAGCAGCACCUUCCAAUAGAAUUGCUUCUUCAAUUUAUUCAGAGGCAGUCCAGCCGUUGAAUUAUCAAGAUCAAUAUCAACAACAGGAACAAUCACCAGUAUACGGCGGCUACACGCAGUAUCCUGCCAAUGGGUACAACGGAAAUUUUCAACAACAAGGAUAUGCUGCGCCAGUCGCGCCAAAUCCACAAUGGUACGGUGUACCAGUUCCUCAACAACAUCAACAAUAUAAUCAUCCCCAGACCCUGGAAACUAUUGGAGAGUUGCCAACACCCGCAUAUCUUGCUCAAUCAGCUUCUUCACAUUCAUUGACCUCUUUUAAAAGACCAAACAAGCAACAACUUCUUCAAUUACAGACUGCCAGACUAAACGGUACCGCAUUAAAUCCCGUCGAUCAUCCGGAAAUGUUUUAUUCACCAACAAACGAUACCUAUUAUGUUCCGCAACAGCAAGGCCAGUUUAUGAAGUUUAACGAAAAUGGAGCGGCUCCCUCACCUUAUCAACUAAGGCAAAGUGUGGUGAUGACUAAUCCUUCAGAUUUGACGGCAAAACCAUCUUAUAAACCAGCGGGUUCUUUCAGAAGUGUAAGCGCGACGAACUCAAGAAAUAACAGUCUAACCACUCAAAAUAAUACCUAUCUCCAACAACAGCAGCAGCAGCUGUAUAAUUCUCGUGUUAGUGGGAUAUUAGAAGAAACGGAUGUUGUGCAGCCACCAAGUGUUGGUGGAAUUUUGCCUCAUAGCGGUUCACAGGAUGAUCUGAGAAAACAAUUAGGGUCUUCACAUAAUUAUACCGUCAACUGA